CCGACCUUAAAAAAAUGAAAAGAAAUGUCGUCAACAUCCUUCCUUCCCUUAUCAAUGCCAGGCACCCUACCAAUCAAGAAGAGGAGAGAGAGAGAGUCAUGGGCUUCGCGGCUGAGAUGUUAUGGACGGUGGUUUGGGGAGUGAUGGGUGUGAUAGUGCUGGCCUGGGCUGCAAAGGUGGUGGAGUGGGUGUGGUGGAGACCGCGGCGGCUGGAGCGCGCGCUCCGGGCGCAGGGGCUGAGGGGCACCCGCUACCGGCUCUUCCACGGGGACCUCAAAGACAACGCCCGACUCAGCAAACAGGCCCGCUCCAGACCCAUCCCCCUCUCUCAUCAAAUCAUCCCUCGCGUCCUUUCCCACCUCCACCAGACCAUGAAACAAUACGGUAAGAUGUCAUUCACAUGGGCUGGACCUGAACCGAGAGUGAGCAUUAUGGAUCCAGAUAUGAUAAGGGAAGUUCUGUCAAACAAAUCUGGUCACCUUGACAAGCCAAAGCAGAGCCCACUGCAUAAAUUACUGUUUAGUGGCCUUGCAUAUUACUCAGGUGAAAAAUGGGCCAGGCACAGGAGGAUUGUCAACCCUGCUUUUCAUCUAGAGAAAUUGAAGCUCAUGCUUCCGGCAUUCUCUACUUGUUGUGAUGAAUUGAUCAAGAAAUGGAAUGGUCUUGUGGAUUCUGAUGGAUCAUGUGAAUUGGAUGUUUGGCAUGAAUUUAUAAGCUUCACUGGAAAUGUCAUCUCCAGCACAGCAUUUGGUAGCAACUUCAGAGAAGGGCAACGCAUAUUUGAACUCCAAGCCAAGCAAGCUAAACUUUUUGUACAAGCUGCUCAACAUCUCUACAUCCCUGGCUAUAGGUUGCUACCAACCAAGAAAAACAACCAAAUGAAGCAAAUUGAUCAAGAGGUUCGAGUGCUUCUGAGAAGCAUAAUUGAGAAGAGAUUGAAGGCCAUUGACAUGGGAGAAGCUACCAAUAAUGACCUACUGGGCUUAUUGCUGGAAUCAAACAGAAGGUAUUCCCAAGAAGGAGGCUCCAAGAUCCCUGGGAUGACUACCGAAGAUGUGAUUGAGGAAUGCAGGUUGUUCUACUUUGGCGGGCAUGAGACAUCUGCUGUUCUACUCACAUGGACUAUGGUUGUUCUAAGCAUGAAUUCUACCUGGCAAGCACGUGCGAGAGAAGAGGUUCUCCAAGUCUUCGGCGAAAAUAAUCCUGACUUCGAUGGGCUAAAUCGAUUAAAGAUUGUGAAUAUGAUCCUGCAUGAGGUUCUUAGAUUAUAUCCACCAGGGACUAUGAUCAUAAGAAAAACUCACCGGGAAGUAGAGCUCGGGGGGAUCAUAUUCCCACCAGGAGUGCAACUUUUGCUGCCUGUACUCCUUGUGCACCAUGAUCCUGAGCUUUGGGGUGAAGAUGCUGCAGAAUUCAAUCCAGAGAGGUUUGCAGGAGGUGUCUCGAAGGCAUCAAGGAAUCAGGGCGCCUUCUUUCCAUUUGGUUGGGGUCCCCGGAUCUGCAUUGGCCAAAGCUUUGCCAUGAUCGAAGCAAAGAUGGCACUGGCCAGAAUUCUUCAACAUUUCUCAUUUGAGCUUUCACCAACCUAUGCCCAUGCUCCUCACGUUGUUAUAACCCUGCAUCCCCAACAUGGAGCGCAAAUCAUUUUACACAGACUCUAGCAUUAGGUGGAAUCUACAUCACAUCUAGUUCUUGUUACUUCUCUACAUACUCGAUGCCUUCAUGCAUCGGUGAAGUAUGGUACAACUGAUCCUGGUCAUCAGCAUUCUAUGGCCUUUGGUGUUGUUGGAAGUCAUUGUAUAUAUUUUAGAUUGAUAACAAUUAACUAAAACUCUAUGUGACCGUUGCUCCAUGCAGUAGAUCGUAUUCCAUUCUGCUUGGUAAUUGCUGGCAGAAAAUGCAUGUGGUGACUGCCACUUUAUUUUCUUUUCUUUUAUCUCGUUUGAUCUUCAGUUAGGGAAUUGCAGCAUUUUCUUUUUGGUGAGAAAAGGAAAAGCAUUGCUCCACCUGGCUUCAUUAAGGAAAUGAAGAGAUUACAACAAUCAUCUCC